AUGCCGGCUCCACCGACCACUCCGGAUCAGCUGCCAUCAGACCUGCCGCACACCGCGUUGGAACCGGUCCGAUCUAUCGAGUCGAGUCACACCCCUCCGCCCACCUUGCUGAAUCCGGGCAUGGCGACAAAUCCCACUUCGGGCCUCACGCUACUUGAACCGCCCAAGCCUUGCAGCAGCACCUCCAAAGCCAACUCUCCAAGCAGCAUCUUUCAAGACACAACCGACUCGCCUGCUUCCAGCAUGACUGACCAACCCGUCGCGGACGCCACCGCCGAUGAUGCUCCCAUCAACAGGACGCAUGCAAAGGUGCACGACAUGUCGUCAUUGCCGCACGGCCACUCCGCUGAUCAGUCGUCCGCUCCUCUCAACUCGCCGUGCUUUGUGCACUCCUAUCUCGAUCGUGGCGUAGCGCUCGGAGAAAGUCUCAAGAAGCAGCGUCGCCAGCUCAGCCGUCAGCGCGGUCAUCGACAAAAGAAUCCGCGAACCUAUUCGCAGAGCGACGUUGCUUCAGCCGAUGAUGACGCUUCUCCUCAACCCGAGCGUAUCAGAGCCCAACCUAUCCCCGAGGAUGAUCAAUCGACCUCGGCAGCGAGCCAAUCCAACACCGGCGCAUCUUCAUCUACUUCUACUGCCAUUCCGAUCGAUCGACCGCCUACUCUGAUGGGGGAAAAGAGCACGCCAAUCACGGACGCAGCCUCCUCGUCGGCGGAACGAGCGACACAGCGCACAUCGGCUCGAGUCCGUAUCCGCACCAGCUCCGACGACGACGACGGCGAUGAUGACGACGACCCAGACGCCGACAAUGUCGCACAUCAACCUCUAUCAGAUCAGAGCUCGUCGUAUGGCUCUUCAUAUUCCUACUCGACCGAUGAAGAAGAUUCGGACAAGGUGCGAUCCCUCACCCGCCAGCUGGCGGAAACUGCCGUAGGUGUGCGAGAGAUGAGCAAGCAGCUCGGUCGUGCACGCGUCAAGUCCACCAUCCAGUCCGUCAUGAUCAUCACAAAGGCGCGCGACAAUCAUCUCAUCAAACUCACUCGUGAGCUUGCUCUGUGGCUCAUGACCACGCCACGCAACGGCAAGGACACGGGACUCAUUGUCUAUGUCGAUUCGCAGCUUCGCCAAUCCAAGCGUUUCGACGCGGACGGCAUCCGCAGAGACUACCCGCAGCUAUUUGACUCGCGGCCACCCAGGCGCACGCCGAGUAUGUCGUCAUCCUUUUCCUCCUCCGCCGCAUCAGCGACAGAUAGCAAUGGCACCUUCAAUCGAGCCGAGGGCGGCAACCAACUGCGCUUUUGGACCGCCGACAUGUGCUCGCGCUCGCCUCAUCUCUUUGACUUUGUUGUCACGCUGGGUGGCGACGGUACCGUGCUUUUCUGCUCGUGGCUCUUCCAACGCAUCGUGCCUCCCGUUCUACCAUUCGCACUUGGGUCGCUCGGCUUCUUGACCAACUUUGACUUCAAGGCUUAUAAAGAUGUGAUGAAGUCAGCGCUCGACGAUGGCAUUCGCGUCAACCUCCGCAUGCGCUUCACCGCGACAGUCUAUCGUGCAACCCUACCCUCUUCAAGCUCAGCGGAUCGACACCGUCGCCACGCCAUAAAAUCUGGAAAGACGGGCGAAAUCAUCCUCAACUCGGUCAAGAACUGCGGCUGGGAUGCCAUCGAAUCGCCCAAUCCAGACGCAAGCCAUCAACGGCGUUCGGACCUGCGUCCAGACGACGAAGUGGUGCUGCCGUCCAUGGAGAAGAAGUCAAACAGGAAGGGCAGGAGCGGUAAAAAGGGCCGUGAUAAGGAGAUCAUGUGUUUCAGCACGCGGCCCGUCGAAACAUUCGAGGUGUUGAACGACUUGGUGGUCGAUCGAGGUCCUAGCCCGUACGUCAGCCUGUUGGAAGUAUUCGGAGAUGAGCAUCACAUGACAACGGCACAGGCAGAUGGUCUCUGCAUCUCCACCCCAACCGGCUCCACGGCCUAUUCGCUCUCGGCAGGCGGCAGCCUGGUGCAUCCAGAGAUCCCGGCCAUCCUGAUCACGCCCAUUUGCCCACACACACUGUCGUUCCGGCCCAUGCUGUUGCCGGACAGUAUUGAGCUGCGCAUCGCGGUGCCUUACAAUUCGAGGAGUACAGCAUGGGCCAGCUUCGACGGGCGUGGCCGCGUCGAGCUCAAACAAGGCGACCACAUCAAGGUGACCGCCAGUCGCUAUCCUUUCCCCACUGUGUGCGCUGAAAACCAGUCCACUGAUUGGUUCUCAAGCAUAUCGCGAACGCUCAAGUGGAACGAGCGACAGAGGCAAAAGUCCUUUGUCGUGGUGGAAGAGGGCGGUGAUGCUGAUUCAGGCAAUGGUGGCGACAAGGGAAAGGGUGCGUCGUCGUCAGCUUCUCCGAGCAAGAUGUUUGCCAAGCACAUUCGACGUGGAGAAGCAGACAGCAGCGAUGACGAUGAAGAUGACAGCGACGAAGACGAGGACGAGGACAAGGAGCGGGGCAACGACAAUGAAGAUGCGGAGAAGUUUGACAUCGAUGAUACCAGCACCGCAGUGACGCGCAGUAACAGCCCCAACUUGCACGGCGAUGGUCACGCUCACGUACGCAGGCGAUCGGGGCAGAGCACGCCUCGACAUGUCAAUGGCGGUUCGCGACGCAACACGGGUCAGUCGCUAUUGAGCUCGUCGUUGCCACGCUUCACCUCGAUUACCAAUGCGUUUGGAUCAAAGUCGAGCGAAGGACACGCGAAUGCGGACACAUCGUCGAUGGUCUCUUCCAAUCCGAGCUCAUUGCUCAAUAGCCCUGACCGUUUCGGCUUGCAAGGUCCUCCUCUACCGCCGAAAGCCAUCAGCGAGCGACACCUUCUCAGUGCAGAUUUUCGCCUCGAUGGAGGACGCGCACGGGGAGAGAAGGACCAGUUGUCUUCGUCGACAUCUCACCCUAGAUCGUCAACCGGUGCUGAUGCUGGCUCCGACUCAACGCCUCGAAGCUCUUGCACACCCAACAGCGGACGCAGCAGAAGCACGCAGUCCAAGCCCAUGACGCCGUCGUCGGCUCUCACUCGAGACAAGACGCCGCAGGGUCUUCGAGACUCGACACGCCAGGAUGACUCGGCGAAGCAGCAGGAGCGGUUCGAUCGAUCAGGAGGCAGCAUGGGCGGCACCGCGCUCGUUGUAUAUGGGCAGGACAAGAGUGAUUCGGAUUCGACUACGGGAGCAGGUCAAUAG